AUGGAGGGCGCGGGCGGCGAGCGGGCGCCGCUGCUGGGCGCGCGGCGGGAGGCGUUCGCGGGCCGGCGCGCGGCGUGCGCGGCCGUGCUGCUGACGGAGCUGCUGGAGCGCGCCGCCUUCUACGGCGUCACCGCCAACCUGGUGCUGUUCCUGAACGGCGAGCCGUUCGGCUGGGAGGGCGCGCAGGCCAGCCAGGCGCUGCUCCUCUUCCUGGGCCUCGCCUACCUGGUGUCGCCGUUCGGCGGCUGGCUGGCCGACGCGCAGCUCGGCCGCGCGCGCGCCAUCCUGCUCAGCCUGGCGCUCUACCUGCUGGGCAUGCUGGCCUUCCCGCUGCUGGCGGCGCCCGCCACGCGCCCCGCCUUCUGCGGGGCCCCGCGCCCCACGCGCGUCCGCAACUGCUCGGCGCCGCCCUGCCCGGACGCGGCCGCCCGCUACUGCGCGCCCGCCGCGCUGACCGCGCUGGCGCUUGCAGGCCUGGGCGUGGGCGCCGUCAAGGCCAACGUCACGCCCUUCGGCGCCGACCAGGUUAAAGACCGAGGUCCAGAAGCCACAAGGAGAUUUUUCAAUUGGUUUUACUGGAGCAUUAACCUGGGAGCAAUCAUUUCUCUGGGCGGCAUCGCCUACAUUCAGCAGAACGUGAGCUUUGUGACCGGCUACCUCAUCCCCGUGGUCUGCAUCGGGGUGGCCUUCCUGGUCUUCCUCUGCGGCCAGAGCGUUUUCAUCACCAAGCCGCCCGACGGCAGUGCCUUCACACACGUGUUCAGGAUACUGGCAUACUCGUGCCGUCCCCAGAAGCGGACUGGAGAGCGUGGUCCCAGUGGUGAAGGCAUUGGAGCCCUUCAGCACCCUUCUAAACACAGUCUGUUUGAUUCAUGUAAGAGGUCUCGCGGAGGGCCGUUUACGGAAGACACAGUGGACGACGUGAAGGCCCUUGUGAAGAUCAUCCCCGUCUUCCUGGCUUUGAUACCCUACUGGACGGUGUACUUCCAAAUGCAGACAACGUACGUUCUGCAGAGUCUUCACCUGAAGAUUCCAGCAAUUUCCAGCAUCACAGCCACUCCUCAUACGUUCCCAGCGGCCUGGCUGACCAUGUUCGACGCGGUUCUCAUCCUGCUGCUGAUCCCCUUGAAGGAUAAGCUGGUCGACCCUGUUCUGCGCAGGAAUGGCUUGCUCCCGUCGUCCCUGAAGAGGAUCGCCGUGGGGAUGUUCUUUGUGAUGUGCUCUGCCUUCGCUGCAGGAAUCUUGGAAAGCAAACGGCUGGACCUUGUGAAAGAGAAAACCAUUAAUCAGACCAUCGGGAAAGUCGUUUACUACGCUGCCGACCUGCCCAUCUGGUGGCAGGUCCCACAGUACGUGCUCAUCGGCAUCAGUGAGAUCUUUGCGAGCAUAGCAGGCCUGGAGUUUGCGUACUCGGCAGCCCCCAAGUCCAUGCAGAGCGCCAUCAUGGGCUUGUUCUUCUUCUUCUCUGGCGUUGGCUCGUUCGUGGGCUCCGGCCUGUUAGAGCUCGUGUCCCUCAAAGCCAUCGGCUGGAUGAGCAACCACACCGACUUCGGGAAUAUUAACGGCUGCCACCUGAACUAUUACUUCUUUCUCCUGGCCGCCAUCCAGGGGGCCACCCUCCUGCUCUUCCUCAUCGUGUCCGUGAGAUACGACCGCCAGCGGUCACGAGCCAACGGAGCACCCGCCGGGAGGAGGACCUAACGGCCCCGAGGCGGAAGCCGGCCGGGCGCCGGGACUUGUGGCCACGUGCUGGGCGUGUCUCUCGUGACGCCCACGGCCUCACACGGGCCCCUUUCUUCCCCCAGAUGAGCUGGGUAAGUGCCUUUCCGUGGUCUCCCUCCGGUCACGCGGGG